AUGGAAGGGUUGUUCAGGAGAGUUGAAGCAGGAGGACAUGCUUAUCCUGAUUUCACAAAAGCUCAGAUUUUGAUUAAUGGCCUUCACCCAGAAUAUUGUAUCCAUGUGUCUACUUUGACUCCAGCUAAUUUUCCCAAUGCAUACAAUAGAGCGAAAGUAUAUGAGAGUAUACCUUAUAAUAGUUUUCCUUCUCCUGUAAAUCUUCUAAUUUCAACUAAUCCAACUGAAGCUGCAAUACAUAAACUGACUGAAGUAGUGAAUGCUAUGAUGUCCCAAGUAAAUAACCUACAAAAGAAAGAAAACUCCAGAUCAGCUGAAAAUUUUAGUAAUAAUAAUUAUGGUGGUAACAAUGACAAUAAGUUCCAACAAGAAUCUAGUAGUUUUUUCAAUCUACAUAAGUAUGAUACUAAAGAAGAUCCAGUUUCAAAGAUUCCACCAGUUACAGUAAAAGUACCCAAGGAAUCUAGUAAAUCUGAAGUUUAUGUUAGUAAUAUCAUUAUAACUCAAGUUCUGGAGAAGGAACCUGUUCUGGUGGAAAAGCUGAAAGUAGCUUCAAAAAUUAGAAGAGUUCUGAUUUCAAUAAAGAAACCAACAGAAAAGAAACUACCACAGAUUGUUUCACUUAUUCCUAAGUCUACUGCUCUAUAUUGUGAUACCAAGAUUGAUAUAAAAGUAGAAAAAUCAUCUACUAUCAGCAUGAUUAGUGUCCAUGGUGAAAGCAAAAGAGUAGUAGGAGAAAUAUUCAACUUUCCUUUUGAAGUCAAAGUUAAUAUAAAUUGGAGUACCUCAGAAAUAAUUAUUCUUUGGAAUAAUCAAAAGGUUAAAGUUCCAGUAGAAUUCAGAAAACUUUCUUCCCAACCUUUUGAAAGUGAUAGACCAGUAAUUGUAGAAAAGAUUAAACAAGAACCCGGAGAACUUCAGAAUGAGGAUGAGCCUGGAGCUUUGUUCCAAGAUAAAAAUAACUUGAAAGAAGACUUGGAAAAAGACUUGGAAAGGUCAUCUGAUGAAGAAAACAAAGAUAAUGAGAUUAAUGAAAUUCUUAAUUGUUAUUUCUUUAAUGAAGAUGAAGUCUCUGAUAUUAAGAUUAAUCCUGAAUUAGUAAAAGAGCAAAGAGAUGAAUUGGAUUCUUUGUUGCAAAAGAAUAUGGAAAACUUUGCUUUCACUUCCAAUCAUGAUUCUACUAUUCUGGAAGAUUAUACCAGUGACCAAGUAAAGAAGUUAAAAUAUCAAACCUGA